AUGCUGGCAUUUGAAGCAGGCAAAUACAUCAUUCUAUCCAUGGAUACCCCGGUCUCCUACGAAGGCCGGGAUUACUUCUUCGAUAAGCAUCCAAGAAUGAGGAAUGACCUGAUACAGUGCUCAGUGCCUCUCGAACAGUUGAAACAGCUGUCCGGUAAGCCGGUGAGAGCAAAACGCAGAGAUCCAUGGUCAUCGAGCACAACAUCACUACUCACCACUAUUUCUACCCCGCCGACCAUGAUGAAACCUGAUAAAGUUUUGGAUAGCAUACAAUAUAGGAACGGUACGCGACCACAAGUUAUUACGUGGGCAUGUUUUGGAGAUGUUGAAUUAUGCUGUGGUACUGACUGUUGUCCCGAGGACGAUGGUAUAACCGUGGACGAUGUUCUUAGGUGGAUUAGCCUUAUCAUCAUCAUAGGUGCAGUUGUAAUCGGCUGUUGCUGUUCGUUGUGUUAUAUCUUGAUCAUUCUCUUUGCCCCUGAAGCCCUGCAGGGUGUCCAACAUGAUAAUCCUUCACCACAAGUGCAUGGACCCGACGGCUGCCCACAAUCCUAUCCAUCUGGAAGCGACACAUCUACGGAUAAACCUCCUGAAGGCUACCCACUUGGGGGUUAUCCACCUAAACGUUUUCCUCCUAAGGCUCCUUCAGGAAAGCAUGAACAGUCCAAAAGCCAUAAAUCUAAUCGAACCCUGGAGCAGCAGAAAGGAGCAAAGACUUCUAAAGAAGGUUCGGAAUCGGCCUCCAAAGAAGGUUCAAAAUCGAAGGAAAAUGAGCAGCAAUCGGAGGAAGGAGUGCCAGGCAAAAGGAGCCGAAAUCAAAAGAAAGGAAAGAAAAGUUAA